GUAGAGUUGACGUAUGCGCCAACAUGGCGGCCAAACGCACCGAGUUGCUGCGAAGCUAGUUGAAAUUGGAGUAAAAUAAAGUAUAUUAACUCACGCAUUGUAUCCAAAUUACUUUUAAAUAUCAGAUUUUCUUAUUACGGAAAUAUUGUACGCUGGUAUGCCUUUCUAUACCCGCAAACGUUUAGUUUACGGUAACAACUGUUUACAGUGUAGGUAACAUGCUAGCCUCUGAGCUAGGUUAUUGUACGGUAUCAGAUUAAUUACUCUACAUUUUUCAUUCAUUUCGCUUUACUUUGAGGCAAUGUUGGGAUAUCUGACAGCAAGACAGGCGGGCCUGGAUGACCCCCUACGACUGAGACGCGCAGAGUCAACAAGAAGGUGAGAGAGGGUGCCUUUAUUUCAACCAGGGAGGAGGAAAACAGCACUGUAAAAUGCAACUCUCAUAGAUGUACCUUUUGACUUUACUCCCCCAAAAAGGGUCCAGAGUCUGAAGUUGAAUCCUGACAGAGAUGUGGACAGAAUCCAUGGAAAUGGCAUCAACACCAUUGACAUCGAAGCAAUAGAGGGCAGAUAGUAAGUCCACUGAGACCUGAUCUAUUGUAUGUUAUGAUUGACAGGUGUGCCUAAUAUUUUGCCCUUCAUCUUUGUGAAUGAAGUGGACAAAAUAUCAUGGCAAUGUCAACAAAAACUGAUUAUGUGGAUGCUUUCUGGAUGUCAAAUAAAUGGUAGAGCUGCUGUAUUAGAUUGCUUUCUAUUGCCCAGGUAUUUACAGUGUUAUGGCUGGUAGGGAUAGUUCAUUUUUCACACCACCUCGAAUCAACAUGUUGUUUCAGUGGUAAGGACAUGAGUGAUCAGCAUAGGUUAUAAGCAUUCACAGCUUGCACUAACCAUGAGUCUCGAGUGAUCAGAUCUGACCCUCCCACUUAAGAGACAAAUGAAAAUUAUUGAAGGGCACCGCCUUCCAGACCACCUCCUUAAGUGAACUGAGUGAUCAGUGAUCAGUAGAUACUCAUGAGCGUUUACAUCUGGACCUAAGACACUUGUAAUAACAUCAGCCAGACAAUAAUUAUAACCAUAAUAGUAAUAAUAAUAAUGUUAUUUAUGUAGCACUUUUCAAGACAGAGUUACAAAGUGCUUCAAGACAUAAACACAGAAUAGAAAUAGUGGUAGAACAUACAGCAGACAUCAAAACAAUUUCCAAAACAGUCAGUCAGUAGGUAUGAUUUGGAAUUCAAUAAAAGAUGACACCCCAACCAUGUUAAGUUUUUAUAAUAAGUUAAGAAUAGUUAUGAUAAUGAUAAUAGAUAUUAAAAUUAAACAAAAUAAAAUGAGUUAAGUCUUCAUGCAAAGUUAAGACCUAAGUUAAUGGUCAUAUCCACUAAAAGCACACUUAUAAAAAUGGAUUUUUAAACGAGUUUUAAAAGAGGAUAAGGAACUUGCCAGUCUGAUUUCCUCAGGGUGUUUGUUACAGAGAGUGGAGGCCCUGACAGUAAAGGCCCAGUCCACCUUGGUCCUCUGCCUAGACUGAGGAGUAGUUAGGAGACCCAUGUCUGAGGGACCUGAGGGUACGACAGGGCUUGAAAGAUGUGAGGAGAUCAGUGAUGUACUUCAGGUUAAGUCCAGACAAAUGGACAGAUGUGAUGAACUUGCAAGGUGUUACCAGGGUCUUUGAGCAAAUACAUUGCCUUUUGUUUAAAUAGACCUUGUUUAAACCUAGCUGUUUCAUCAGAUCUGGACAAUAUAGCAAGUGACAAUCCAUACCAACCUCUGUAUCCACCACAGUAAAGACCUCAUAGUCUCAGUAAGUUGGGAAGAGCAGUCCAAAUUCAGUUGUAAAGAAUCCGAUGUCCAAGGUUUAAGAUGCAACAGAGGGGAAAUUUUCUGUGAGGUAAACUUACUCUGUUUUUUAAGCAUGCUGUCUGGAGGAGCAGAUGGAGUGGUUGUCAUCUAUGACCUGGAGAACUACAGUGGAAAACAGCAAUACACCUGCAAGGCAGUUUGUUCGAUUGGAAGGUGGGUGUUACUCGAUUUACUCAUUCUGUCCAGCAGAGGGCAAUACUGCAUAAAACUCUUACAACACAGGUAUUUCUAAUGUUGUUUACAGACAUGUCCUUUUGUUAACACCAACCAAAUGGAGUUGCCUUAGUCUGGACUUUCAUUCCUUUAGAUUCUUUAUAAACAGUAGCAUGAAAAUGUACAUUCUACUAAAUCCUAUUCAAAUACCUCAACACAUUGCAGUUGUAAUGAAGAUGCAUUUAGUAUCAGUGUGACUUCUCAUGAACUUUCAUAUCAGUAUUUGUUUGCUGUCUAUGCAUCUUAGCAUAGGUCAUGAAAGGAUGCACCCACCUAACUGAAAAGGACUGAAAGAAAAUGUAGCAUUGAAGUUUGAAUUGUGAAAACAGUUCAGUUGAUACUACCUGAAUGUGCCAGUGAGACACCAACGGUCUAUGGAAAGAUUCUUCAUCUGUGAAUUUGAGUAAUUUUCUGAUCACAUUUUCAUGUAAAUCUUUCAAACGUAGGUCGAAUCGGCAUGUCCAUAAAUUCAGCGUUGAGACUGUCCAGUGGUAUCCGUAUGAUACAGGCAUGUUUGUCUCCAGUUCCUUUGACAAGACCAUGAAAGUUUGGGACACAGAAACACUCAAGGUAAAGCAAGUCACCUACCAGCACUCUACCAACCCCCCAUCUUAAAUAUUUAAACAUUGACUAAUUAGUUUAUUAGGUACGCAUUUAGAAAUUUUCUCCAGUGUACAGGGUGAAAGUUGAGCACAUGCAGGGAGAAAGUCCUCUCAAAAUAGUAGGAGUCACAAGGUGACUUAUACCUCCAUUGACCUUUACUUUUACUUUAUUUGUUCUUUGCACUGUCUCUUCCCCUCUCUUUUCCAUUUUCUGCUUCAUGCUCUCUGCCUUCCUAUGCCACAUCGUCCCAUAUGGCAGGCCCUGAGCUGUGCUAGAGUUACACUGGCACCACGGUUACCUCCAAAGGUCAGGGAGGGGACAGAAAGGAAUCAGCCGACCUUUCAUUUGUUUUAGACUGUGUGUUUCUGUCCCUGGGUCCCACACCAACGCACACAGACACACACGCACACAUUCAAAACUAUUAAAUUAUUUAUCGUGAUGGUGUAUUUGCACUUUAUCCUGCGCUCUGCAGUGGUGUGCAGCAUAGGGCAUUUGUAUGUGUGGGGCUUUUAUGCAAACAGAGCCUCCUCUGUGUGUGUGUGUGUGUGUGUGUGUGUGUGUGUGUGUGUGUGUGUGUGUGUGUGUGUGUGUGUGUGUGUGCCCAUUGGCUGAGUCCGUGCUGGUGCUGGCACACACUGACAGAUGGGGCACAGAGAGGCUUUUUAUAUUUGCUGGAGAAUUUGCAUUGUAACCACCACUGCUGCUCAGGGUGAGCUGCAGUGCCCUCUCUCUCUCCCUCUCUCUCUCUCUACUUGCUUUCAUUUUAACCUUAUUUAUUCUCUGACCUUAUUCCCUGCACUGUUUUGAAUUUGUACUCAAUGUUAGGUCUUUAUUCAAGGUCAUGGAGGUUUAUUUUAGAAUAAAUGAGGAUGAUCAUUCGUAAUACGCACAUGGGACAAUAGCUGAAUGUCCACUUUAGCUGACAAGCUCUCUCUGUCUGUCUUUCUCCCUCUUUCUGUAACUUUGUGAUUCUGUAGCCUGCUGAAGUUUUUGAGUUUGAGGGUAAUGUGUACAACCAUCAUCUGUCCCCCAUUGCCAGGAAGCACAGUCUCAUUGCAGGUAUGUAUUAAAAGUCAGCAUUCUUGAUUGAUUUAGCAACACAGGUCUAUCCACCAAUCAUAAUGAAGAGCACUGAACGUGACAAAAACCUCGUCAGUCACCCAGUUCGCCAUGGGUUUUUCCUUCCUGGCAACAAACCACAUUUCCUGUAGUAAACCACACAGAAAGCCCAUCCGCUGUACCCCAGCUUUUAACCCAGAUUAUGAAAUGCCAUGUGCUGGAGGUGACAACCGAGGGGCAGAAGCUGGUUACACAUGAAUUCAGGUUCAAAGACACAUUUCUGUGGAGAAAAAAAAACUAGGAAUCUAGGUGCGUCACCAGGCAGGACCAACAGGUUACUCAUGCCUGCUGAGUAUGUGCUCAUAAAUGUACACAGAGGUGCACACGGAGUCUCUUUGCCACGCCUGUUUCUAAGUUGGAGACAAUCACAGUGUCUGUUUUUUUUCUUCUUUUUUUGGGUUCCUUCCCUCUCAAAGGUGUUACAGAUGCUUGUCAAACAGGUUUUAAACAGAUUCAGGGUGGUUUAUUUCUCCCGGGAAGAUGCUCGAAGGGAAUCUCUUCCUAAAAAGCAGUACCUGCUCAAUAACUGCUCUGAAAGUACUUUCGGCUACAUAAAUCUCAAUGGCAACCCAAUUAUUUCCUUUGUUCUGCUGAAUUUCACCCUGCCAUCUUGGCAUGUAUACAGGCUGGGUGUGUUGGCUCACUGAUACAAAGAAGUUUGUAUCAGGGAUCUCUCCAAUUACCACACCUUAUCUAGGAAACCUGGGACUCCAGUUUUUUUCAUUCUGGUAAAGCACCUUUCCCCUACAUACAGAUUGUAACUGAUUAUACCGACACCUUUGUCUUGUCCUAUAAAAUCUGUGAUAAUUGAGAAGCAGUGUUGUGAUGUGUAACAGCUAUUGUACAAGAAGAAGAAAGACUGAAUGACAGCUCUUGAAUAUUAAUUGUUGCUUUGUUCUCUGCAUUUUUAGUUGGCACCAAAAACCCUAAAAUCCAGCUGUGCGACCUGAAGUCUGGGUCACGGAUUCAUAUUCUUCAGGGUUGGUUGACUGAUAGAUCACAAAUAUACGCUAUAUAGAGAUUUUUCUACCAACAAAUAAACAAAAACCCUCCCUCUCUAGGUCACAGGGCAGAAGUUCUGUCUGUGAGGUGGUCGCCGAGAUAUGAGCACAUCUUAGCAUCUGCCAGGUAGGCUCCAUUAUCCGCCUGUAUUUUUGAGAUAAUUCACCCUCUGAAGGUGUCAGUUGUUCCUGUCAUCUCAUUGAAACUGAAACUCCAAGUCAAGGAUAAUGCCACCAAACUAUCAUCAGAUAGAAACUGUGCUGCUGCAGCUGCCCUGUUAGUUUAACAUAUGGUAGAGACUGUCCCCACCUGGUUUAUGCUACAUUAAACCUGCUAAUUAACCAAGUGGGAGUGAUGCCCUGCUCUCCCCGUGGACUCUAAGUGAUUCUGAAAACAACUGGCACAGAGAGACGCAGAAAAGUGAAUCCUCUUCUAUUAUGGAAGAGCGUUUAAUUCCCAGCAGAGAAGUGACCUUUGAAAAUAAAACACUGGCUUCCUUUACAGAUGCUGUAUAAACUCACAGUUUUAAUCACAACUUUUGUGGACUAAUAAACAUUCUUAAUGUGGUUUCUUAAAGUUUAUGUGAUAGUGUAAAACUACUCUACUCCCCUCAUUUUACCUCUAAGUGCAGACAGCAAAGUGAAAGUGUGGGAUGUGCGACGGGCCUCCGGUAGUCUCUUCACUCUAGACCAGCACAAUGGAGACAAGUCGAAAGCCUCCUCUGAAGCAGGUAAUGUUACCUCUCUCCAUUCUUUUUCUUUUUUUCAGCUAAAAGCUUGAGCUAUUACUCAGACAAAGGAAAAACACACACAGUAAAAAGUGUAAAGACUUGGGUAUACUUUUACUGCAUGCAUAUUCAGCAUUAUCACAUUUUUGGCAGUUUUUGCACUCAUGCAUUGAUAGUAAUAAUGCAGAUAUUGAACAUAAGGAAUAAAAAAUAAAGAUUAUGUACCAAAUCAUCCAUCCUACUCUCUUCAUCUUCCAUUGAAGUACAAAAAAGCAAGAUGCAGUGGAAAAUGAAGCUAGUUUCACACCUUUUUCCCACUAAGGGUGGGAAGUCUUGAAACUUUCAGGUUAUUCAGCUUUGCACCACAGAAUGUGUCUCUGUAGAAGAGAGGUUGACAUUCCUCACUGUUUUUCUUGCGUGCACAAAGAGAGGCCCGUCAGCUGAAGGAAGCUGGUCUUUCUCAGCUGUUCUGUGGAGUAAUCCGAGUCAAGGGCUUUGAUCAAAAAUGCACUAAAAGUGUGUCAUGUAUGUGGGGAAAAAAUAGCCACUUUUGUUUGUAUCUCUGUCUUUCCCUUGUCCCACAGUUAACACAGCACAUAAUGGCAGAGUGAACGGCCUGUGCUUUAGUGGAGAUGGCCUUCACCUCCUCACCACUGGAACUGAUGACCGAAUGCGGCUGUGGAAUAGCGCCACAGGAGAAAACACUCUGGUAGAGAUUGUGUGUGUAUGUGUGUUUGUGUGAAUGAGAAUAACUGCACUCUACCAUAUCCUCCCUGGAUUAACACUUUGGAUUAUGCAGAAGCAGCAGUUGCAGACACAUUUCUUUUGUCUUUUCCAAACAAGAUUAGUGAAGGUGUGGAUGUCACCUUGAGUACCCAUCAUGUCCUGAUACCCUGCAGGUUGGUUUCGGUUAUCUGCGGUCUUCUCUGAAUAAGGGUAUUCAGGUUGGAGCACCUCUGAAAGUCUCAGUGGUCUGUUCAGAGUUAAAUUGCACCCAUUCUCAUGAUUAUGACACAGUUUGUGAUCUGCUUACAUGUACAUUUGUUCAUUUUUAUAGAAAGAACCGAAAGUAAGAUGCUGUGUAACUUGGUUUUGUAAAAUGAUUACAUUAGAGGUGCAUUGUUUGAGUUUCAAGCGGGUAAAAAAAAUGUCACAGCUUCAUGAGCCAUGGCGCCAUCACCGUCCAGAAUUGUGAGGGUAACAGGUGAUGUAAAGAUAUAUGACUUAAGCUCAGACACACCAUGUAGGGAGCUUUAAAAGAAAACAAAUCUCAGAGGAAUUGAGGCGUUACCUUCAGAGUCAUUAGCUUUGACGAUUGAUUUAUUUCAGUUUAAUGUGCAAAACUGACAUUUAUGAGUAAAGUUUGUGAAGCCUUUUGCAGAAAAAGAAACGCAUUUUUGAGCAACAAAGAAAAUCAGUUUUCAUAAACACUGAUUAUCACUGUGGGAAUCCUAAAAGUUCAAGUAUACUCCCAUCACUAUCAGAUAAGGUAUGUGUGUGUUAUACAUUCCUCUCUGGGUUACCUAAAGACUGUAAGGCCCUGCAGCUCACACAGAAUGCUGCUGCACAAGUUUAAGUAGGACAGGAAAUGAACCACAUUAACCCCUGUAUUGAAACCCAUUCACAACCAACUCAGCAUGUAAUAGAGCUAGACUUGAAUUUCACUACAUGAUGCCACCCACCGCUCAGAUGUAUUAGGAAGUCAACAGGGCUGUGUUAUGAACAUGCAAUUGAAAUGUAUAUCAAACAUUUUCAAGAUGAUCCCCGUGGUUAUUUCCCUGUUUUCUUCAAUUUGCCAGCUUUUAUCUGGAGUCCUCUUGUUUAGUAACAGUUUGACUCCUCUAAAAAUCCUACAAGCCAAGCAGAUGGCCACCAAAGCAAUCUGUCCUGACAGAAAGAAUAAAGCUGUGAUAUAACUGAGUAAACAAGUAACAAAGGAAUCUACCAACAGGAUGAUACCAAAAACCAAAUUACAGAAAUUUUUUCAUCACUUCCUGGAGACAGAUUCUUGAACUAAUGUGGUUUUGAUCAUUUUAGUUAAAAGUUGAUAGGGUCUGCUCACUCCAGCCAUCAUGAUUGGCACUUCUUGCCAGCAACAAACUAACCCAGCAGCAGACACCUCACUCUGUAGCAUCCAUAAAAUAAAGUAAACAUAAUAUUUCCAACCCCACACUCCAAAACAUUACCUCAUCCCAAAGCUCAAGGCCGCUCUGCAGCUCUGCUGUUUACCUUGAGCUCUUACACAGUCUGCUGUUCUAAUUUCCUGCUCUGCUGCCUCAUGCUGCCGUUGCCAUAGUGGACAUGUUUCCAUCUUAAAGCUGUUGCACGAAACAACUAGUGACUCAGAAGGUAGAUGGUCUCACCCGGUGGAGGAUAAAUGAUGAAUUAUAGUUGAGACUACCAUAUCUGGUUCACAAGAGACCAAAUAAGAAUACAUUAUAUAAUUUAAACUUUGGUCACAGGAAUGAAUUAAGUCCAUGUUCCACUAUAAUGAUGAGGUAAUUUCCUCGUCUGGACCUGUUUGUCAUGAUUUCAGGGUGACUACAAGUCCUGAAAUGUUAGUCAGGCUUUGUUUUAUUUGACGGCCUUAAAUGACUUAUGUUUCCUUUGUUACCUGUCUGGAGUUUUUGACCUGUAGUGGAAGCUUUUAUAUCUGGGAAUUGGUUUCUGUUUGGUUCAUUAUAUGCAUGACCAUGAAUAUGGGUCACAUGAUACACAGUGCUGAAUAUGUUGUGGGAAAUCAUGCAUCAUAACAAAUACACACAUAACAUAUCGAUCAAAAAAAAAAUUAAUGUAAAUAUAGUUUUUUAACAUAAUUUGAUGACAAAAAACAAGUUUUCUUUUUUGGUAAUAGUUUCUUAUUCUUCACUGUUUAAGAAGUUGAUUUGUGAGCAUUUAUACAGAUAAUCGGAACCUUGUGUUCACCCCUCAGGUAAACUACGGGAAGGUCUGCAAUGAGAGCCGGAAAAGGCUGCAGUUCACAGUGUCACGCGGCUGCAGCCCAGAGUUUGUGUUUGUGCCAUGCGGCAGCUCGGUGGCCGUGUAUGCCCUCCACACAGGAGAGCUGGUUACCAUGCUCAGGGGUCACUACAACAAUGUGGACUGCUGCGAGUUUCACCCAGACUACCAGGUGAGAAACACUAAAGUCCCAGGUGGGGACCGUUUCCUGCACAUGAAUGGAAUACCCAUCUAUCCUCAGCGCUGUGUUUGUUUGUAUUUCCAUCUGUGUGUGUUUUUUCUGCCAGUCCGGUCUGGUCUGUCUCUUUCAGGCCUGAUUACAGGUCAGUCAUCUCUCUGUCAACCUUUAAUUCAUCAUUUGAGCCCUUUUGUUGAAUUCACUGCAGUAUUGCAAUCACCAGAGCAGCCUCUGAGGAGUCCCUCACCUCUGACAGAUAUUGUGGUAGGGUAAACAUUUCCAUUUGUUUUACCGUACCACUGUAAAUGCAAAUACAUCCUCCCUGUUCGACCUGACUUACUGGUCCAAUACAUCAGCUUUGACUGGUCCUUUUUUCAGAAGUGACGUGAAAAUGGAUCAGCUCACAAGCUGUAAUCUUUUAGGGGUUUCUCAAGAUGAAACCACCAGUGUGACCAUUAUUACUGCCAGACAUCAGCAGAAAAAUAAAGUUUAAUGUGAAGCCAAAUUUACACUGGAAGAACAGUCAAGCUUAUCCCACUAUUUAAUAAAGUGUUAUGUUUUACCAAAACUAAUCCUUUUUUUAUUCAGGCUGAAGUAGUGCAUCUUAAAUUGUUUGAAUUUUUUCAACAUCAGUAUGCAAAUUUAAAUUCUUAUAGCCAAAAUAAGGAAGUGUGCUUUUUUUUUUUUACUUAGUUUUUAUUAUUUCUUUCUUUUCUUUUUUUUUUACAGUACAGUACAAUAUACACAUUUCAAAACAAUUAUGUUUCCUUUCCUCUUCCUCAGCUGUAAGUGUGUUUUUACAAACAUCCAUAGGCAAUACAAGGUGGAAAUAAAAAACAAAAACAAUCGUUAUAUCAAAUAAAUAGGUAAUGUCCACUCUAGAGUAUAGAAUUACUGGUACAAAUGUCAAUCAGAGGUAGGAUGACGGCAUUUUGAUAUACGACAGAAGGGUUUUACAUAAUAAAUAUUGUCAUUGCAGCAACAAAGGUAGUACAGGUUCCCAUCUUUUAGUGAAGGUGACUUUCUGGAGUCUUAGGGCAAAUGUGAUCUGCUCCAUUUGAUAAAUAUCCCACACGAUUUGAAUCCAUGUAUCGUAUGAUGGAGGUUCUGUUUUCAACCAUCUGAUUGUUAUAGACUUCGAGGCCGCAGUGAGUAAUAUACUCAAGAGGUAUUUAUCCGCUCUUCUGUCCAGGCCUUCGGGUAUUACUCCCAGCAUUGCCACUGCAGGGUUUUGCGAAAUGUUCAUUUUAAAAACCUCCGUCAGUGCAUUAAAAACCUCCCUCCAAAACAUACUUAACUUAGGACACAUCCAAAAUAUGUGUGUGUGAUUUGUAGUGUGCUUUUUUAAUGUCUUUUUGUGAAAUAUAUUUGAAUGUUAGUCUCUUAGUUUUACCUGAUUAUUGCACUAUCAAUAUAAGGUGUAUUAUUUUAUGCCUAGGAUGUAUAGACCUAUUUUUUUGUAUCUGUCUUGAUAUAAAGACUCUAUUGUUAAAUUUUGUGGGCUACGGAGACAGCUUUGGCAUCAGAAUAUAUAGCAAACUAAAAUAAAUAACGAUGCUCCAUCAUUAUACAGAUAUGAUCCAACUGUUCCCCAGAUGCCAUCUUCACUGUGUGAUGUUCAUUUUGGUGUUUGCCUGGAAGUUAUAAACAAGAGCAGGAUAAUGGGGGAUACCAUGACAUUGAUAAAAUAUACCAUCAACCUGAAUCAUCGUUCAUAUUCAUUCUGGCUGGAACAUUUACGUGGUAAUUUACGUGCAUAACCCAAUAAACCCAAAUCAUGAAGUGUCUUUGUACAGGCUGUAUUUGGUCAUCGCAGUUGUAAUCGUGUGUCCAGCCCACGCCCUUGUUAUUAGUCAGUUUCCGGUGCCGUACACGGGUUUUGAAUAUCUAAUGUAAGAAUGCAGUCUGACAGCUCGCCACCCAGGAGAAUUCAAGAGAAGGACUCUUGCCCGGAAAUGUGUUUCACUUAUUUGUGAGAUCUCUGGACUGAUGUAAUAACACUUAUGAAUGUUAGAGGGAAGGUGGCUUGUUGUGAGGUUGGUGACACACCAGUUUACGUUCUUUCUUUUUUACCCUGUUUGUCCUCAUGUCAAUGUCACCAUUUGUACUUACGUUUAAGUAAAGCCAAACAGGAGUUUGUUGUCUUUGAUUCUGUGUGUGAACCUGUGGGUCAGAUCGUUGCUGUCCUUGUUUAUCUUUAUCUGUAGGAGCUGUACAGCGGGGGGAAGGACUGUAACAUCCUUGCAUGGGUUCCCGUCCUGCGUGCCCCAGAUGUUGAAGAAGAGCCGGACAGUACCAAAAAGGUACAUGUCCUGGCAGCAGAAAGAGAAAUUAGAAAACCAAGAAAACUUAAUUGGCGCUUUAAAUUCUUAACAGAUAAACUCCUUAUCAUUUUUUCCAAUCAUUUUUAUUCAAAUAUACUGGUUUGGGCUUGCUGUUAAACUUAAUAUCUGAUUCCUUACAGAGUGCUGCUGGCCAGCCCUCGGUGAAUCCUGCCUUUGAGGACGCAUGGAGCAGUGAUGAAGAUUAACUCUGGUGUUUUGCAUGCCCGAACAAAGGGCACAUGCAGGUGUUUGAGCAUGCAAAUGACCACUUAUGCCUCUACAAUAACUUGUCAGAAAUGACAUGUCCAGGGACACCUCUAAGAACCUUCUCUUGUUUCAUACUCUGAGACAAAUAUGGGGGCCUUACACUUUAAGUUAGCUGUGUAAAUAUUCGUUUUACCUCAUGAAAAUGCCGAUUUUAUAAAUAUUGAUCUUUUUUGUACUUUUAAAUAAACCUGAUUGCUGUUUUUGUUGUUGUUUUACUGAAUGUAAAGCCAGAAUUGCCGCUGCUGUGCAUAGCAUGCAUGUUCAAAUGUCUGUCAUAACCUGCAACAAAAUCAUCAAUUUUGGUAAUGAAUUGUAACCACUGGGAGGUACCUUUUAAAGCUGUGUUGAAAUUUUGAUUAAUUAGCUGUCAGAAGUUGAGAAACAAGUAGAAUACAUACUUAGUACCAUUCCUUGGCUCCUGCACACAUAUGACACUGCCUUUAUUGUAUUAGGUCUGGAGAAUUUGUAAAGCUUGACUUAUUUUUUAGAGAGGAAACAAAAAGUGAGGCACAGGUCUGUAACUUUUUUAACAGUGGUGCUAUUUUAUUUUAUUUUUUUUGUGUUUCUUCACCUGAGUUAAAGGGGAAAAAAGUAAGUGUGCUCUCUAAAUCACACUUUUGUAUUGCCAAUUUUUGCAGUCUUUGCAUUUAUUUAUGAAGUUCUGCUGUCUGGUUCGGCUGGAACUACAGCAGGGGGUGAUACUGAAACCAUUCUCUCUGUCCCUGCCUCGUCAGAGUUUCAUGUGUUUUUGUUACCAUGUGAAUCCCUUCACCCUGGAUUAGGUUUCAAAAUGACCCAUAAACAGAUAGUCAUAUUACUGUAACAAUUUUGAACACUUGAAAUCAAUCAUGUAUGUUUUAGCAGUGACUUUUAUUAUAACAACACUAUCAAUAUACCAAGGCGUUGUUUUUGUCUUGAACCAUGCAACUCUCUUUUUUUAAUUCUGGUAUUAAAAUUUUUUGUUGAUAUCAUAA